AUGUUCUGGUUUAAUCCUGUCGACACCGGACGCUUGGCGCUCCUUCUUCUACGUGAUGGCAUGUCGAAAUUCGGAAGACUGAAGUGGAGGAACAACAUAUCCAACCUGCUUAGGAUUGUCGGUCGGCAUCUAGACGCGGCUGUCGAAGAGAUCCGAGCAGAAGUCGUAAAUGAACUUCUCCACUACCUUUCGAUUUGGCUUGUAAUUGUUCCGUGA